AUGUAUGCCAAUGCUGUAGAACGCGAGGUUCAAAGAAUGCGCAGUAAACUUUGCUGUGGUUGUAAAGUAAGAGAUCAAGACUGUUUAAUUGAGUACGAGACAUGGCAGUUGUAUGGUUUCGAAGCCAUAGAGCAAGUUAACAAUACAUGCAUGAUAUGGAGUGAGUUUGUUGAAGUAACAAGAGUCUUAGACCUUAAGUGGUAUGAUGAUGUAUCUCAGCACUGGAAACAACUUACGAAAGAUCCAGAUUUUAUACUGAUCGAGUCCUUAAUGAACGUAAAAGAUCCUAAAGUUCAAAGUGCAUUGAACCAGCUGUCUCAUUGGAAAGGAGAUUCAUACCAAACUGAUCCACUAGAGUCAGGUGUCGUUGCCUUUUUUUGUAACCCGCCUAUCUUUAAGUACACGGUUAAAACAACAGGAGAACAGUUUACAAGAGUGUCUCAAUUGAAAACAAAUAUCAUCGGUCAGUUCAUUGAAGAAAUGGACAUAUUUUGUGAACUUCAGUGCGCUGUAAACCGUUUUUGUGUGGCGUAUAAUUACAAGAAAAAGAAAACUGACAAAGAGUUCAACUGUCAGCUAACCAACACAACUGAGCAUAAAUUUGACGAGCAUGAAGUUACCAAGGAAGAGCAAGCGUGGACGUUGUACAAGAUUAACGUGGACAGAAGUCAAUUUGCUACCUGCAGAGGAGAAAUGAAUGAAUGUCAUAACGGAGGGACCAUGAUUUGGCAUCCAGAAAAACAGUAUUUGUGUCAGUGUGUGGAAUGUUACGAAGGAAGUCGUUGCGAAAACGUCCUUGCGAAACCUCUCGGAAUGGCAAAUGGUACUAUUAGUAAUAACCAAAUCAAUGUAUCAAGCGAAUGGAAAGGUCAAGUUCAUCCGAACAGAGGGAGAUUAAACAUGACAGGGGCAUGGGCAUCAGGGAAAAACGAUCUUAAUCAGUGGUUUCAGGUUGAUUUCCAAAGAUCUACUCUGGUCACAGGAAUCAGUACCCAAGGACGCAGCAAUCUCAAUCAGUUUGUUAAGAGAUACACCGUUUCAUUUAGCCAAGCUGGAGAUAGUUUUCAGUUUUAUACACAAGAAGGAACAGUCAAGGAAUUCAAAGGUAACAACGACCGCUUUUCUGUUGUCCAUAACACGGUGAUUCCUCAUUUUUCUGCUCGGUUCAUUCGGGUUCAUCCAACGGCCUGGUAUGGACAUAUCUCGAUGAGAGUCGAAUUUUAUGGUUGUUCAUAA